GGGGUUUUCCUAAGGAGAUAUUUUAUAUUCUCGCUCGCUCGGAUCGUCCUCCGCAGUAAGCAUUCGGUGCUCGAAGGAGACGAAUUUGUUGCAACAAGAUGCGUACGCUACAAAGAAGUUUUUUGGCAUUUUGCCUGUUUGCAUCAACCAUGGCCACGCCAGUUGGAGAUAAUUUGGCUGCUCAGGCUGUUUCUCAGGGCGCCAAUUUGUUCUCUACCAACUUCGUCAAGACCGUUUCACAAGACCACCCAAACAAUUUGAUAUGCUCUCCCCUGAGUGCCCACAUCGCCUUGAGCAUGGCGGCUGACGGCGCUGCCGGAACUACCGAGGCACAGUUUAAAGAUGUUCUCAAGCUUCCAGCCACGAAACAACAGACCCUGGAAGGUUACCAGAAUCUCAUCGAGAAAUUGAAUAAUGUUGAGAAUGUUACUUUGAAGCUCGCCAACAAGUUGUUUCUCGGCAAAGAUUUCCCGGUAAAACCUGAAUACAAACAGGAUCUCAUAACGCACUAUCACUCCGACAUUCAAUCGGUAGACUUUGCUAAAAGCGAGGAAGCCGCGAAUACCAUCAAUAUCUGGUGCAAGGAUAAUACUAACAAUCGCAUCGACAAAAUCGUUACUCAGGACGAUUUGAAUGAUGAUACUAAGCUGGUGCUCGCAAACGCCGUGUACUUCAAGGGCCAAUGGGCACACCAGUUCGAUCCGCAGGCUACCUCGAAUCGCCCAUUCCAUGUUAGCGAGUCCAACCAAGUAGAAGUUCCAACUAUGUACAGGAAGGGCAACUACAAAUACGCCGAAUUGCCGGAAUACGAUGCUAAAUGUAUCGAGCUGCCGUACGCGAAUAAAGAGAUCAGCAUGGUGAUUAUCCUACCUAAUCAAAUUAACGGUCUGGCUGCGCUGACCGACAAACUUGCUGAAGUUAGCGCGGAAUGCAGCACUCGCCUCGCGCAAACGUACGAACGCGAAGUCCGACUGUUCCUGCCCUUAUUCAAGACCGAGUCCAAAAUGGAUCUUGGCGAUACAUUGAAAACUAAGAUGGGCCUUCCUGAACCGUUCUCCAAUGCGGCUAACUUUAAUGGCAUUUCCGACAUACCUCUGAAGAUCGACAAAGUCGUGCAAAAAGCUUUCAUCGAAGUUAACGAGGAGGGUAGCGAGGCGGCCGCCGUCACUGGCAUCAGCAAUCGAAGAUUUCUACCUGAUUUCGAGAACUUCGAAGCGAACAGGCCGUUUUCAUUCGUAAUGCGAUGGUCAAAUAUCGAACUAUUCCGAGGCAUCGUGCAUGAUCCGAGAUUAUGAAGUUAACGAGAUGUGUCGCACGUGUGAACAUCAUAAAAUGCGGUAGCAGCUAAACACGAUCCUGUAAGAUCUUCUAUUAAUCUGCUUACCCCUUUUUCUCUCUUUCUCUUUUCACACAGAUUUUAUCACUUGCGAUCAUUGCUAUAGUUUCACUACAUUUUGCAAAUAAUUGAUUAUCUCGCAAUUUCAUGCAGUGACAUGAUUAUUGUUUUAUUGGGAUGAAUAAUUCAAUUAUAUGAAUAUAAUAUAAAUUCGAAUAAAUUCAGCGCUAGCGUAUUAUAGCAAUAAUUAUAAUUGGUAGCAGAGCGAGAAGAGAACAUUGGAGGAGAAAGAUAUUUUGUCAAAGAGGGCCAAAUCAAAUUCGACGUAUGCAAAGCAUACAUUCGUGCAGGAAUUUUGCAUUGACGAAAAUUAUGAAAAAGAAACGAUGUCGUUAAGUAUUUCGUUACAGGAUGUUAUAGGAUGAUUAUAUUGAUAUUUUAUUCGCAGGAAGUCAAACUGUGUUACUUACAAUUAGACACACGCUGACAUUUGAAAUAAAUCGACCGUUUUAUUAUUAUAUACGGUAUAACGAUCGUUAUAACAAGAGAUUGUUCGUAUCUUCGUUCAAGGAUCAUGUGACCGCGUGAGCGUGGCAAAGAUAUGUAUUACGCGAAUCAUUUUUAAUCUGAAAAUUCAGAUACGAUGUUCGAUACGUUUAAUAUUUAUUAGCAUACUUAAGCCACAAAUUCUAGUUGACAGCUUGUUAUGACUGUUGUUUUAACGCCUUCUUAAUACUACGAUCUCAUUUUAACUGAUUCUAAAAUGUCUAAUUGUUGACAUUUUGUGUAACAUUUUAUUUUUAUGUUAAAAUAAAAUGUGCAUUAUUAUUACGGGCG